AUGAUACAGUCUUUUCUACAGCGUCUUGCACGCUUCCUGGAUCGGCCGCUUUUCCCAUGGAAGAAGCUCGUGAUUGGCUUCUCGCUCGGUCAAUUCGUCCUUGAGAACUGGCUUCUCUGGCGUCAGUAUGGAGUCUACCAGCGCACAAUCCGCCCGAAAGCCCUUGACGAUGUUGUCGAGCAGGACGUCUUCGACAAGAGCCAGGCAUACGGCCGCGCCAAAGCCCGCUACAGCUUCGUAUCGUCCUUGUUCAACCAGGCGAAAUCCAUCGCCAUAAUCUACUUCGACGUCUAUCCCAAGAUAUGGGCGCUUACCGGUCUCCUGCUGUCCCGCUACUUCCCAACCCGCAUCAGCGGCGAGAUUACCCACUCGCUCGUCUUCAUCUUCGCCUUCGGUCUGAUUGACCUUUUCGCCGGCAUACCGUUCAGCUACUACCACCACUUCGUUCUCGAGGAGCAGUAUGGCUUCAACAAGAUGACAAUCAAGACCUGGGUGACCGACAUGCUGAAAGGGCAAGCGCUGGCUAUCGGAUUUGGCAUACCGAUUGGUAGCGCUUUCCUGAAGAUCAUCAUGAGCACCGGCGAGCAGUUCUUCUACUAUUUGUGGGUGUUCAUGCUCGUCGUACAGGUGUCGAUGAUUACCAUCUACCCGAUUGUCAUCGUACCGCUGUUUAACAAGCUCUCUCCGCUGGAACCGGGAUCACUCAAGGAAGCCGUCGAGGCGCUGGCACGAAGACUCGAGUUCCCGCUCAGCGAGCUGCAAGUCAUCGACGGUAGCAAGCGCAGCGCGCACAGCAAUGCCUACUUUACUGGCUUGCCGUGGAAGAAGAAGAUUGUCAUCUACGAUACGCUCCUGGAGAAGUCAUCAGACAAGGAAGUCGAAGCAGUACUUGCACACGAGUUGGGACACUGGAAAAUGGGCCACACGACAAAGCUGCUCGGAAUCAGCCAGUUCCAUCUGUUCUAUAUCUUCGCGCUCUUCUCGGUCUUCAUCAAAAAUCAGUCACUAUACCGCUCUUUUGGAUUUCACCAUGAGCAGCCUGUCCUCAUUGGCUUCCUUCUCUUCAAUGAGGUAUUGGGCCCGACAGACAGCGUCGUCAAGCUCCUCAUGAACAUUCUUACUAGGAGCAUGGAGUAUGAAGCCGAUGCGUUCGCUAAAAAGCUUGGCUACACGGCCGAGCUGGCGAGUGCCUUGACUAAGCUUCAAAUCCAGAAUCUGUCCAGCAUGGACGCCGACUGGAUGUACUCAUCGUAUCAUUACUCGCAUCCGAUUCUGACGGAGCGACUGAAAGCCAUUGGAUGGAAGGGCGGAAAGGUCGAGCCCAAGAAGGAGGACAGCGAAAAGCCCAUCAGAGCAUCGGAUAGAGAAUUGUAG